AUGUCAUAUGAACAUUUAAAUGAAUUUAGAAUACAAUUAGAUAUGGAUAGAAGAAUGUAUUCAAUAUCAAAAAAAUCAAAGAAUAUUAAACCAUCAAAAUUAACACCAAAUAUGGAACAAUUAACUAUAUUGUUAUACAAGACAUUAAUAAGUGGAAUUACUAAACUCCUUUUAGCAUUAAAUAAAAUGAAUAUUAUUAAAUCACCAGAAUUUUUACUUGGUAAUAAUAAAUAUCGUUAUGAACUUAGAUUUUCUGCAUUUGAAAAAUGUCAUACACCACAAUAUAUUCCAUUUGAAAAAUAUGAAGAACAACGUACUAAUAACAUUCAACCAGGAUUAAUUAUUAUCGACUCUAUUAAUGAAUUGAAAAAAUGUAAAGAAAUUAUUGAAGAAAUUAAAUUGAAUAAUAAAAAUAAUUAUCUUCCUAAUGAAAUGGUUGGAAUGUUAUAUAAAAUAUCAAUGUCUAAUAUGUUAACUGCAAUGAAAUUAAUGAAAAUUCAUCCUACUUCAACAACAAAAGCAGUAUUUUCAUUUGAUGAUAUUGACUAUCUUCCAAUAAUUUCUAUUAAAGAUAAUUGA